CAGAACCUGUUGCACCACGUAUGGACUUGAUUCCAUCUCUGGUUGUUGAUGGUUUUGCUGUCAGUGCCGUUUCUUAUACUAUUUCUUAUUCACUUGCCCAGAUAUUUGCAAAAAAACAUAAAUAUGUUGUUGAUGCUAAUCAGGAACUUUUAGCUAUAGGCUCUGCCAACUUGUUCUCGUCUUUUUUUGCGUGUUUUCCUUGUGCUGCUGCUUUAUCACGUAGUCUGGUACAGGAAAAGUCAGGAGGGAAAACCCAGCUGGUUAGCCUGGUUUCUUGUGUCCUUAUGGUAGUAAUCCUGUUAGUGUUAGGGCCAUUGUUCUACCAUUUACCAAAGUGCAUUCUAUCAUGUGUUAUUCUGGUAGCCUUGAAAGGGAUGUUUGUACAGGUCCUAGAGCUGAAGAGAGUUUGGAAUGUUUCAAAGAUUGAUGGUAUGAUAUGGCUUAUGGCAUUUCUUUCCAUUGUGAUCUUAGACAUUGACUAUGGGCUUAUUUUGGGGGUGGUAUUUUCCAUUCUCACUGUUGUUUAUAGAUCUUUUGUUCCGUAUCAAGGGGUACUUGCUAACUUGCCUGACACAGAGAUUUAUGUAGACAAGGAAAACUUUCAUAGUGCCCAAGAGAUACUGGGGAUUAAGAUAUUCUGCUUUGGUGGACCACUUUACUUCAUGAACAAAUCUAUUUUCACGGAAGGAUUAAAGAAAGUAAUAGAUAAUGAUAGAAUUGCCAAAAACAAUAGAAAAGAAGGGAAUAUAGAAGAGGAUCAGAAUAACACAGAAUCUCUGAAUCCAAUUCAUCAUUUGAUUAUUGACUGUUCAUCAUUUUCUUACAUUGACCUUUCAGGAGUGGAUACUUUACUUGAGUUAACCAAAGAAAUGAAAGAGAAAGACAUUACAGUCUAUCUAGCAGGAUGUACAGUUCAAGUCUACAAAAUGCUGCAAAAGACAAAAUUUCUUGUGAAAAUUCCUCAACCAUCUGUUUUUCCAACUGUACACGAUGCUGUAAAGUAUGCCCAGCAGACAUUAACCAGAGAUGUUAGUAUUAAUGUGGUAUGACAACAACUGAGAUUACAGUUGAUACACUGACAUAGCUUAGAACAAUGUUUUUGUAGAAGUUAGUUUACAUGAUACACCAAGUGUAUCUGAGUGUUCAACAACUAAAGGCGUAUACAUAAUUAUUAAUCAAUUGAUAAUUCUUCCCUUAUAACCGCCAUGCUAUUUACUUUUACACACAUUUUAUUGUUUAGUCUUUCUACUUUUUUUUUCUUUUUAAAGUGGAAAAUUGUUAUUAUAAUGGGAUAUGUCUAUGUUAUGGUAGAAUAUUUUUGAGCUAGUCAAGCUAAAUUUAGUACUUACAGAAAGAAACUAUGAUGUUUCAAAAAAUUCAAUGCAUGAUGACUAGGUACAGUUUUAAUUAAAAUGAUAAACUUCAAACAGCAAUCAGAGGAUAAAAUAAAUGUAACUCUUAACCUAAAAACUGCUAAAAUAAUCACCUGAAUUCUGAAAUAAUUCUACCAAAGAAUUGCUACAAUAUUUUCUUAGACCAAAAUAAAGAGCAACAUUUCCAUGUUUAUAAGUAAAAUUAAUUAGAAUCUCUUUAUCUGUUUUAUGUAUAGAAGUAAAAUGAAUUAGAACCUUUUAAAAAAACUAUCAGCCAAUCAUGAAAGAUUUAAGGUGGUAAACUCAUUAAGCUUUAAGUUUUCUUGCUCUCUCUCUCUCAGUCCAUAUAUGUUGUCCUUUAAACUCUGAUUUUUGAGAUGUGAUAUGUAUCACACUGCUAAACUGAGUUUUGGUGUGAGUAAACAUUCAGAGGAGCUAGUAAGUUUCAUAAACAAGGAUUUUUGCACUGAAAUAUUUUUUUGUACAGAGAAAAAAUUUCCUAUUUUCUAAUUAUUCAAUUAUGAAUUCUUUGAAGUGAAAAAUUGAAUAGAUGCAGUUUAAUUUCAGCAUUGUACUAAUUAUAAUAAUUGAGAAUCCAGUGAGAAAACUUGAUUUUUAAAGUUCAAGAUCUGAAGACAUAGUUCAUACAGUGUCUGACAUUGCAUUGUGUGAUAAUAUUUCUGCAGAUGUUAGUCUGCAGAAAGCCAAUUAACUUUAUAACAGUAUUUUCAAAGAAUAUCUGAGUUGUUCAUUUAACAUUUUAUAAUGAGAUUUUAAAAGUGCAUGUCUAAAACAUGUGAAACUAAAAAUGCCUUGUUUAUAUACAAGUUAAGUAUUUAUGGGUAACCAUGUAAUUGUACUCUAGAUUUGAUCAACAGCAUUGCUAAAUUGUGAGGGCUUAGAAUCUAAGGAUUAUUUCUCAUUUUUGUUUUUAAUAUGUGAUAUAUUUUGUUGAUUGAAAUAUAUGGAAGUUGUUUUUAAUUAGUUCAUCAGUAUUAUUUAAUUUUUGAGUAGUGUUUAAAAAAAACUGUUGAAUUACACAGUUGAGAUUGAAGGAUUUAUCUAUUAAGAAGUUUUUCCUGCCCAGGGGUUACUCAGGAGUUGGGAAAAAAAUCAAUAUAUUUAUGUGACUAUUAUGAAUAAUGUCUGCAUAAAUGUGUUAAAGUUUUUUGUUUUAGUAUUUGUAUAUUAUAAAAUAGAUGAAGACUGUAUUUUUAUGGUAUUAAGAAGACUGUAUUUGUAUUCUUUGUUUUUGUCAUUUAAAAAAAACAAAAUAAAAGAUAUAUGGCUGA